UCGAACCCGGACCGCUCCAUCCGGAGUCAAACGCACAAACCAUGAGGCCACCGCGCCUGCCCCCAUAAUAGUAAGGGAACCUUUAUUUGUUAAUACCCAAGUAUUUGCUUCCGAAAACCAGAUAAUACAAAAAAUGUUGGAAAAGGGAAAGACGUACUUAACAUCUUACGAAAAUCAAAUGACCAUGGGCACCCAACCGAUGGUUUCGGUCAAUUAUCUGCAUGUUCAGAAAGUCUUUAAGCCCCUCCGCUUUUUCCUGAAUAGAAUUGUCACUUCGAGUUAUGGUGAUAAGAGAAAUUCAAUUGCUGUUAUUUUCGGAAGAAAAGGUCAGCUAUGAUUCUCAGAAAGGAACUUUGGGUCAAGAAAGCUCAAGUUCUCUUAGCAUUACAGUACUAAACAGAUCAAACUUGUAUAUAGUGCGCCCUUAAAUUAACCCAGAGAGCUUUAAACUGUCCUUCACAUAGUCUAAAACAGCAUUUCAAAGUAUCUGAGAAAAAAAUAAUUCGGUACUUCUAAAAGACCUAAUUAAGGUCUAUUAAAGCUAUUUCAAAUCAAGAUUACAAGGUUUGUGUUUCGCUAUUUUAGGUGAUCAUUACUGGUUCAUGGAUCUUUUCAUUGACAGUCAAUAUCCCGGCGUUCUUGGUUCUGAAAUUUGACCAUAAAAGUUGCUCCUGUGUGUUUCAUUGGCCUGAGAAGUGGAUGGACACUGCUUAUCAGAAGAACUGGAAUGCCUUGACAGUCCUUACCUUUUUAGUGAUGAUUGUGAUUUACUCGCGAGUCGUAUAUACUCUGUGGUUCAAACGUAACCAUGACUACCAACUCAACCACCAACAAAGAGGCGUGAUCAGGGUACGGAAGCGUGUCACCUUGAUGGUGGUAACUCUCAGUGUUAUAUUUGGAAUCUCCUGGGGCACGGAUCAAGUUAUCUACUCCUUCACGUCUGCUGGUCCCGCCUUAGUGGCCAUCGCUAACACGAUGGUCAUGUUUAAUGCUGCUGUUAACCCGUUUGUUUAUGCUCUGUUGAAUCAACAAUUCAGAGCGAAGAUGAAGAAAAUGAUAUGCUGUACCGGCUACUUUACACGCAGGGUUCAUCCUACUGGGGAAUUGAACCUCGCAGCUUUGAACCUACCAGCCUCGACAGCCACCCGACCCACUUCUUUACAGGAUCAGCUGUGAAGCGAUUUCUGGCUGUGAGGAACAAGUCAAAUAACAAUCAUGCGCUUUCAUGAUAACUCCACCCGUUAGAAUAGCUUAGUUUUGAAGUAACCAAUGGUGAAAAAAUUCUUACGACAGCGUUUGAUUUGUUUGAAAAUCAUAGCCGUAUGAGUAGAAACGCGUUGUGGUGUCAAUAGCUUUGCAAUAGGACUCGCAUUGAAGACAAAAUAAUAUCAAAAUAAAG